GAUGAGCUCUGACAGACAAAUGCGCGCGUUUAUGAUGAUGACACCGAAGUUAACACAGCAUUGAUAAAAGCAUCAGCAUUUACAACACAAGCCCUGAGAGCAACUUAAUAACAAAUCAAGAUCGUUUAUUAACAACAUCGAGGACCAAAAUGACAGCUACAGCGAGCACCGGGGAUAAAAUGAGCGCGUCGUUAACGGAUUUCUUGCGCUGUUUGCCAUCACACGUCUACGGUCUGGAUGAGAUUCCCCCGUGCGCUCCCACCGGCUUCCCUCAUGUGGAUGUGGGAGUCUGUUCAGACCACUACAGCGAGGCGUCCGCAGGUGGCCUGAGCAGCGACAGCUUCGGCGUGGAAAAGCGGGACCUUGAUCUGCCGGACCCGGGCAAGUUUUCUCCGCACAGCGCGCCUGUCGCCUACACGGGGAAAAUUUCCAUCGACGCGCAGGGAAGUUGGAGUCAAGAGGGAAUAAUCAACUUCAUCAGUGCAGGAGUGCAGGACCGGCCCACAUCACCAGGAUCAUUCUCCACGGGCUCUCCCGCAGGUCCCCAUCCAGACUGCUCCAAAAUAGGCCAAACUCUUCCAAACAUGGAGCACAUGUACACAGGGCCACCCCCUUACACCUGUAGCGCCGAGGGCUAUCAGGACCCCUCGGUCUACCUGUCGACCACUACAUGCCCAAUAACAUACGCCCCUCCGUCGUACUCGGCCCCAAAAUCAACCAUAGACGGGGCGCUUUUCUCCAUCAUUCCUGACUAUGGGGGCUUUUAUCAGAACAGCAGCUGCCAAAGGGACAACAUGGCAGUUUUUCAGGAUAUCAAGCCAUUUUCGUGCUCUUUGGAGUCUAUUAGAGUCCCGCCACCUCUGACUCCCUUAAACACUAUAAGGAAUUUUACUCUGGCGUGUCCGGUGGACGGGUCAAGGCCGCCUGUAGACGGCACCAAUCCGCAGAAUGUCCCACUCAGGCCAAUACUGCGGCCACGGAAAUACCCGAACCGACCGUGCAAGACACCGGUGCACGAGCGCCCGUAUCCGUGUCCGGCCGAGGGAUGCGACCGGAGGUUUUCGCGCUCGGAUGAGCUCACGCGUCACGUCCGCAUCCACACCGGACACAAGCCGUUUCAGUGCCGCAUCUGCAUGCGCAGCUUCAGCCGGAGCGACCACCUCACGACCCACAUCCGCACACACACGGGCGAGAAGCCCUUCUCCUGUGACUUCUGCGGCAGAAAGUUCGCCCGGAGCGACGAGCGAAGGAGGCACACAAAAAUCCACCAGAGACAGAAGGACAGAAAGCUGUCCGUGGGCCCUCACAGCUCCAGCGCUGAUGGGAACUGAUUAGUUAGCACCAAUGAGGCUAGCACAUACAUGAUGACCCCUGGGUUCGUCAACCUGGACCUUGUUUGUGUGCACAAAAAUACGAAGGCAGCUUAUAAAUCUGAAUGCUGAAUGUGGUUUGUUGUAGAAGCUAGUCAUUAUCACAGAAUAUUUCAUGUGGUGCCAAAUGCAUUUGUUCUGAGAAAUAGUGUUUACAGUGAGUCUUUUUGUUGACUAUUAUUGUUACGUGU